CGCAGCGCAGAGCGAUGGAGUCCUCCUGGCUGGAGACGCACUGGGCGAGGCCCCUCCACCUGGCGCUGGUGUUCUGCUUGGCCCUGGGGCUGCUGCAGGCUGUCAAGCUCUACCUGCAGAGGCAGCGGCUGCUCCGAGACCUGCGCGCCUUCCCCUCGCCCCCGAGCCACUGGUUCUACGGGCACCAGAAGAUAAUUCAGAAUGGUGGAAUGGAGAAGCUCGGGGAGGUUAUAGACAAAUACCCGCGUGCCUGUCCUUUCUGGCUUGGGCCCUUUCAGGCGUUUUUCUUUAUCUAUGACCCAGACUAUGCAAAGACUCUUCUGAGCAGACCAGAUCCCAAGUCCAACUUCCUGUACAAGUUCAUGGAUCCCAUCGUUGGAAAAGGACUCUUGAAUCUGAAUGGACCUAAGUGGUUCCAGCAUCGUCGCCUGCUGACGCCCGGACUCCAUUUGAACGCCUUGAAAUCGCAUGUGGAGAUAAUGGCCCAUUCUGUGAACACAAUGCUGGGUGAGUGGGAGAGGAUUUGUGGCACUGAGGACACGCUUCUGGAGAUCUCUGCGCCCGUCACCUUGCUGACCCUGGACAUAAUCAUGAGAUGCGUCUUCGGCUUGGAAACCAACUGCCAGAUAAACAGCACCUAUGAUCAUUACAUAAAAGCAGCAAAUGAAGGCAGCAAUAUAAUUUUUUACCGCUUGUACAAUUUCUUAUAUCACCAUGACAUCAUUUUCAAGUUCAGCCCGAAGGGCCACCACUUUCGGCAGUUAAGGAAGAUACUGCAUCCCUACACAGCAAAGAUAAUCCAGGCUGGAAAGAAUUCCCGCAUGAAUGAGAAUCAACAGGGUAACACUCAGAAGAGGAAGUACCGGAAUAUUUUCGAUAUUGCCCUUUCUGCUCUGGCUGAAAAUGGUGACAGCUUCUCAGAUACUGACCUAUGGUCUGAGGUAAACACAUUCCUGUUGGCAGGGCAUGAAACCAUGACAGGCGGCCUUACCUGGCUCCUCUACCACCUGGCUCUGUACCCUGAGCAUCAGGAGAGAUGCCGGGAAGAGAUCAGGAGCAUCCUGGGUGACGGGUCUUCCAUCACCUGGGGCCAGCUGGGUGAGAUGCCAUACACCACGAUGUGCAUUAAGGAGUCCCUCCGCUUGGCACCUCCAGUCCUCUCCUUUUCCAGAGAACUCAGCAAGCCCAUUACCUUCUCAGAUGGACGCUCCUUGCCUGCAGGAAUGACUGUGGUUUGCAGUAUCUGGGGGCUCCACCACAACCCUGCCAUCUGGGAAAACCCACAGGCCUUUGACCCCUUGAGGUUCUCUCAGGAGAAUAAUGACAAGAGGCACUGCUACGCCUACUUACCGUUCUCAGCUGGACCAAGGAACUGCGUGGGGCAGCAGUUUGCGAUGGCUGAGUUAAAGGCGGCCGUCGCCUUGAUUCUGCUCCGCUUCUCACUGACGGCAGAACCCGCCAGGCCUCUCGUCUCCAGGCCCAAUAUUUUCCUCAAACCCAAGAACGGGCUCUACUUGCACCUGAAGAAACUCGCCUAAUGCCAGCCCAGAGUACGAUGAGUGCAUACAUUUUAUUUGAAGGCAGGUCGUAGCUGAUGGUUCAAGACAAGGGAGGAGAAGGCAAGCGUGGGGGUGGGGUUAAGAGAAGAAGGGCCGAGGGCCCCUGUAGAGCUGCCCAUUGUUCAAAGCGUGUCUGUGUGACCCAAGGUAGCACCCAGAUCUCUUUCCGUAGGACCGGCCAGAUUUUCAGAUCCCUUCUGUUUGAUUCUGGCUCCUACUCUUGCCACAUAUCAAGCAAGAGUUUUGCUAGAAGUCUUCCAUAUAAUUUUGAUUGUUUUAAACUUUUUUUCAGAAUUACACAGGUAAUAGGCGAAUGUAUGCUCACUGUGAAAGGUUUACAACACUCGAAAAGCGGGUGGAGUUAGAAGUAACCUAGCCCACACCUCCCUGCCCAAUCUACUGCCUUUCCUGAAAACGGAAUAGUUUGGUGUGCAUUCUUUCAGCUUUUCCCCUGUACAGGUCCUAUGUGCAUAUGUAUGUGUGUGUUCUUAUCUGUGGGAUCAUAUCCAUAUUGUUCUUGCUUUUUCUCACUUAAUAAAAACGCAUCUCAUUCCUA